GUAAGUGAUGUACUUUCAGCAUAAUUAGAAAUUAGGUUGAUGUACACUUAUCUUGUAAUUUAUUGAUAAUGUUGAAACUUGUUUGAAUUAUAUAAAGCAAUGGUUCUAAGAAAUCUGACGCUGCUGGUUCUUAUCAACUUUGUAGCACAGGGGGAAACAAAACUGACAUCGAUGUUGCACCAUAGACAAACUAGAAUUAAAUCUACUAGUCUGGAUGCAUUUGAACGACUUAUCAUAAGGUUAAAACGGGGCGUACCCGAUUUAAACGAAGAUGGAGGUUCAAGGGCAACGGAUACACCAUCCACGCCUACCCUCGUCCCUAACACGCCACCAAGCCCGCCAGUCACCGCUACAGAUGCCAUAACCACGACAACAACGAACACAACGACAACAACAAACGCCACGACUAGCACAGAAAGAAACACGCAAGCAGCAACAACGGCGAGCGCUACUGAGACAACCACACUGAAGCACAAUCCCGAUGCUAACGCGGCCGCACGCAGUGAAUAUCCACAUAUCACUUGUUUUUACGUUCUACCUUUGAUUGCGAUAUUCAAACUGCUUUGUAUUGAAAUGAUUUAGGUAGUUUUUUGUUGAUAACAAACAAGUUUCAGUUUUGGUUUCAAGUGUCUCGGCGGUUUGGAAACCUGUUUCGAAACUUUUGCUUUAAGACACAAAUCCAUGGUUUUGUGUACAGCUCCAAUAACAUUAUGGAGCUUCUGCAUGUAGCCAUCAUUUCUAAAUUUCUUCGAAAACAAUGAUACCGAAGAUGGUCGUGUGUCUGUUUUAACUCAAUGGUGCUUCAACACACGAGUUGGAUCACUGUCAGCCAUGUUUUAUUUUUCAAAAUUAGCUAGUUUUCGGAUGGAACGAAGCGACGGAACCAUAUUCGGAGGGGGUUUCGAUAGUACAUAUGUAACAAAAAAACAUUUGAUUUGAAACUGUCACAACAAAUACACAGUUCGUGUAACCAAUAUAAGCCCAAAACAAGUGCAUUACCAACAAAAACGCCGUAAGUUAGUGUAAUGGUUGAUUCGAAGGCAUAUAAUGGAAGUUUGGAAUGCUAACAAUAUAUAAUGUAUACAACCGGUCAUUCGAAACUCCUCGGCCAUUUUCUACGAAACAAACUCGGAUGUGUAUAGACGGUUAACAAUGUUCGAAAUCGGUACACUUUAACUACGCUGAAAGUAGAUCGCGUAAUUUUAAUUUAGCAGUUAAACUUAAUGACUUAAUUCUUGGGAAUCUUCUUUUUUGCAAUAAUACACUACACUGGCAAUCAAUUUAAGCUCAGGCCCCAAUUUCUCGGAACUUCUUAAGUCCCUUAUAACAGGAUUAAGCUAAGUACACUAUUUUUGUUUUUCAAUAAUUUGCGUAAGUUUUACUUCUUUGAGAGUUUUUGUUCUUUAAAAAGGAAUGUUCUUUAUGAUAAUCACAAUAAACCAUUUUUCAAUGAUCAAAAUCCAAUUUAAGUAUGUAUUUUGGCUAACUGGAAUAAGCUACUUAAACCUGUUACACUUAAGACAUUUCGAGAAAUUGGGGCCAGGUCUACAAAAACAAGCUAAAACACUAUAUUUAAUUAAUAAUAUAAUUCCAAAAUUUUACGAACUACUUCUACUUGUACCGGCAUACAUUCGUGGUUGUUUUCGUAGAAAAUGGCCGAGGAGUUCCGAAUGACAACCGGUAUGUUCGACACGUUCUAACUCAUUAUUCAUAACGUUGUCACAAAUCAACAUUUCAGCUUAUGAAAUCCAUGUUGUAUAUUUGUCUAUAUCAAUAUUCAAGGCGAGAUUAUUCAUUAUGUACAAUGUUAUUCAUUAAAACGUUACAAUAUUUUAUGUUACCUAUUUUAGUCUUUUAUAUUUUUUGAAUUUUCAAUGGAAUGAAAAUGAUGAAGGUGGUUUUCAUUAGUUCAAUUUGUCGGAUUUUAAAGAUUUUUUUUUCCUUUAAAUGCUGAUGGAAUGGACUUACAUGCAGUUCUAAUUAAGAAAGGCAUGUUUGCAUCUGAAUUUAUAUUGUGUAUAUGAAUUUAUUCUAUUAAUUGUAAUUUGAUGUCGAGCUAACAUUUAAGACUUUAUCCGCACAUACUAGGCCACAUUAUUAUUUAGAUGAAUAAUCAUGAUUAAAUGCUCGCCUACAAUAUAUUGCGUGGUAAUAAAAUAAUGCUUUGUCGAAGUGUUUUUCUGCAAAAGAAAAAAAAAACGUCACGUACCUUCAAGCUGUUCAUGUACAUUAUACAUGAGGGAGA